GCGUGGCGGAACUCUGGGUUUGGAGUCAGCCUUUUCGGGGUGGGGAAAACGCGGAAAGAAAAGGAGCCAAGGAAUCCUUCUGGCAACAGCCUGGCUCUGCGCCGGCGCCUGGGCGCGCCGCGGUGACGCCAUUCGUCUGCGCCCGCAGCCGAGCGUUGUUCGCGCCGCUGGCAGGCGCCUGCGCAGUGGCUCCGAGCGGGCGGUUGCUUGUUGGUUGUUGUAGUAACGGGGGAAGCAACCUUCGGCGGCUGCGUUGAUUCUGGCCCGGGAAGGAGGAGGAAGGUGAAGCAGACCGUGGUCCCCGCCUGCCCGUCCCCAGCCUUGAGAAGAUGAGACAGGAGUCUGUGCCAUCCAAAUUGUCUGAUCCAGUGAAACUGCAAGGAAGAAAGGUCUCUGAGGCCUCUGUCUGUUGACUGUAUGACAAACCCUAAAGGAAAUGCCAGUUGUGAUGGCCCGGGACCUGGAGGAAACAGCAUCAUCCUCAGAGGAUGAGGACCUGGUGAACCAAGAGGAUCACCCAUGUAUCAUGUGGACUGGAGGCUGCAGGAGGAUUCCAGUUUUGGUUUUUCAUGCUGAGGCUAUUUUGACAAAGGACAACAAUAUUCGAGUAAUUGGAGAGCGUUAUCAUUUGUCUUAUAAGAUUGUGAGAACGGACAGUCGCCUGGUGCGAAGCAUUCUGACAGCCCAUGGAUUUCAUGAAGUUCACCCGAGCAGCACUGACUAUAACCUGAUGUGGACAGGAUCCCACCUGAAGCCUUUCUUACUUCGAACCCUUUCUGAAGCACAGAAAGUUAAUCACUUCCCCAGGUCUUAUGAACUAACCCGGAAGGACCGACUGUACAAAAACAUCAUUCGAAUGCAACACACGCAUGGAUUCAAGGCUUUCCACAUCCUCCCUCAGACCUUCCUCCUGCCAGCUGAGUACGCGGAGUUCUGUAAUUCAUAUUCAAAGGACCGGGGACCUUGGAUAGUAAAACCAGUGGCCUCUUCUAGGGGGCGGGGCGUCUACUUGAUCAACAAUCCAAACCAGAUCUCCCUGGAAGAGAACAUCUUGGUCUCGCGUUACAUUAACAAUCCCCUGCUCAUAGAUGAUUUCAAGUUUGAUGUGCGCCUCUAUGUGCUCGUGACUUCCUAUGAUCCCCUUGUCAUCUAUCUCUAUGAGGAAGGAUUGGCUAGUCCGCAUCUGUCUGCAGCUCCUCCGCACCUGCAGCUCCUGCUGCUCAUCUGGGGUCACGUGUGCUUUGUGUAG